AUGGCGAACGUGAACGAUAUGGUCGACCCAAGAGUCGAGGUCGAGCCAAAGGAAUUUGCGAAGACCGCAACUUAUGUGGGCGAAGGCGAGAUUGAUGACGCCGACCUGAAGGAUAACGACGAUGAAGAUGAUGCGCUCGAUCCCUUCGUGCCGUUCAAGGAUCUGCCAGAGGAGAAGCAUUACAUCGUGACGAUUCGUGCCAUGGCCGUUGGUAUCGUCUGCGGAGCUCUCGUCAACGCCUCCAACAUCUACCUUGGUCUCAAGACCGGUUGGACGUUCACAGCCAACCUCUUCGGUGCGAUUGUUGGCUUUGCCGUGUUGAAGGGUCUCGCACGCGCCCUGCCGAAGAACCUUCCGAUCCUGGGUGGCGACUUCGGUCCUCGUGAGAACAACAUCGUCCAGACUGCCGCGACAGCUGCGGGUGGUCUGUCCAGUGUCUUUAUCUCUGGCAUUCCAGCUCUUUACCAGCUCAAUUUGCUAUCCGACAACCCACGAGAUGACUUUGCACGUCUCAUCACCCUUACCAUCGUUGGUGGGUAUUUUGGUUUCCUCAUGUCGACACCACUGCGGAAGUUCUUCAUCGUUUAUGUCGCUCGAGAGUUGAGGCUCAUCUUCCCAACCGCCUCUGCCACCGCCAUGACGAUCCGCAGUAUGCACAUGGCUGCAACCGGAGAGAAGAUUGCCCAGCUGAAGAUGAAGGCACUUGGUGCUGCCUUCUCUGGUGCACUGAUCCUCCGCGUGGUUUCGCAGUACGCAGUCGGUAUCCUUUGGGACUGGCAUAUCUUCACCUGGUUCUUCAUCUGGGGUAAUUACAACAAUUGGGCCAUCAACAUCGAAACUGGGACUGGUCGCUUGAAUGGACUCCGGCCUUCAUCGGUGCCGGCAUGCUCGUUGGUCAUGCCGGGCGAUCCCAAAUGGGAUGGAUAUGUCAGCUUUAAUGGGCUUUCGGGCGACUGGUCGACUAAGGACACUCCCAGCCCACGGUACUGGCUGGUAUGGCCCGGUGUACUGCUGAUGAUCGUCGUCUCGUUCGUUGAGCUCUUCUUGCAGUACAAGGUCUUCAUCUACGCAUCCAAGGCCAUCUAUCGUGGCUCGUGCGCCGGCAUCAAUGACGCCUUGAAGAGAUUUGGCAAGCACUCGGCCUAUCUGCAGCGAAAGGGCCAAAGCAAGACUGAAGAUUUGGUUGAAGACUUUGCCGAGGACAAGGACCUCGUCAAAUGGUGGAUGUGGUUCCCCCUUCUCAUUGUGGUGAUAAUCCUCACCUGCGUCGUCAUGGGCAUUCAAUUUGACAUGCCGGUCGGCAUGUCUAUCUUGUCCAUCUUCUUGGCCUUCUUCUUCUCACUGCUGGCUGUUCAGUGCGUUGGUGUCACGGACAUCACUCCUCUGACUGCCGCAUCCAAGGCUUCGCAAAUCGUACUCGGCGGUGCUACGAAGGGCGAGCAUUGGCCAACGGAACAUGCUCAACGACUCAACCUGCUAGGCGGCUCUCUUGCUUCCAUCGGCGCAAGCCAGGCCUCAGAUCUGGUCAGCGAUUUCCGGGUUGGCUUCCUGCUGAAAACCUCUCCCAAGCAACAGUGGAUUGCUCAAGGUGUCGGCACAAUAGUCGCCGUCUUCCUGGCCCCUGCUCUGUUCAUCCUGUUCGCAAAUGCCUACCCUUGCAUUCUCGACAUCGAAGCAGCCGACAAUUGUCCCUUCGGCGCCCCAUCAGUAUCAGCCUGGCGAGCCGUCGCCGUGGCCAUGACUGAUCCCGAUUUUCCAGUCCCAACCAGUGCAGGAAUUUUCGCUAUUGUCUUCUCCAUCUUUGGUGCCAUUAUGAUCGUCAUCCGCCACUACGCUUAUCGAGGCAAGUGGGAGAAGUACAGAGUCUAUCACCCGAACAUGAUGUGCAUUGGCCUUGCCUUCACACUUCCCCAGACGGUCUAUGGGCUCGCUAUGGUCAUGGGUGCGGUGCCGUGUUACUUCUGGGCGAAGCGAUCUGCCAAGUCAUUCGACAUCUAUGGCUACGCUAUUGCUGCUGGGCUUAUUGCUGGGGAGGGUAUCGGAGGUGUCGUGAACGCCAUCUUCCAGAUCGCCGGUAUUUCCGGGAGCCAGUACGGAACCAAUGUCGCUUGCCCAGCCGACUCUUGUUAG